GAGCCCCCCAGGCCAAUGGAUCGCAAAAUCCAGCUCCAGCCUUCGGAGAAGAACGUCCCCAGGGCAGCCCAGGCGGUUUUCUGCCUCCUUCAGAUCCCGGAGCCAGACCCCUUCAGUCUGUGGGUUUAGGCGCGACGCCUCGCCGCCACCCGCUGCCGGUGCCGUGCCGCUCGCCUGCGUGUGUCCCCCCCACCUCCCCGGUGCCUGGGGGGGGGGUGGCGUGUCCCCCCCCAAAUGGACCGAGCCUGUGCUGUGCCAGGAUUUGGCCGGCCGGGCACGGCGCUGAGCACCACAUGAGCCCAUGGCCAGCGAGGCGAGGAUGGGGGAGGCCGUGCCACGCUGGAGGAGAGCCCCCGAAACAGCGCAGGACCCCCGGGGGCUGGAGAGCAGCGGGGUGCCGGGGGUCCUGCCCCAAAACACGGCCACCAACACGGCCCUGGGGGGCUACCAGGAGCCCCCCAAGCUGAGCUACAGCCCCGGGCUGCCCACGGACAAGGGGUGCCCCUGGAGGGGCUCCGAGGGCUGCGCGGAGCCGGCCAGCUUCCCGCUGGGCUGCCCCUACCCCCCGGCCCCGCAGCGCCAACGGGACGCCCUGUGCCACCCCAAAGACUCCUCCGAGCUGCCUCUGCUGCUGGCGCCCAGGAACGGGCAGCCCAAGGAGCCCCCCCCCGGGUGGGCUGAAGCCGUGCUGGCCCCCCUGGCUCUCUACAGCCACGCGUACCACCGCUACCCCCUGCCCUUCCCCGCCGCGGACACCCAGCGCCCCGGCAAGCCCCGCGGGGACGGGGACCCCCCGGCUUUCCGCAGCUGCCCCUUCCUCCUCUCCUCGCUGUUCCCCCCCCCUGGCCCCCAAACAGAGCCCGGAUUUGGUGGCGGGGGGCCGGAGGGGCCCGUGGGUGACGGGCGCUUCGCCGGCACCGAGUGGCGCCUGGGUCCCUACGUGCCGGCUUGGGGGGCGCAGCCCCUCUAUUUGGGGGUCCCGCCGAGGUGCAAGGCGGCUCCGGGAGCCUUCGAGGGGAGCUGCGGCUUGGGGAGCAAGGAUAUUUACCCGAAGAAGGAGCCCGGCUUCCACCUCCAGGCCGAGGACCCCCACGGGCAGCCGGGGCACGGCGGAGAUGGGGAGGGGGCCACGGGGGUGCCAGAGCCCCCGGGCGCCCCAGUGGAGGGAUGGCAGAGCGGGGGCCCCCCCUCCUCAUCCUCACACCCCCCCGCUCAGCACCGCAGCCCCCCUGCUCCUCCCGCAGCCCAGCAUGGCCCCGGGGGGGGCCUGGGUGGGCGCAGGGCCCCACGCCCCCCCGUGCAAACCCAAAGACGAGCGCCCGGCGUACCAAAGCCUCAACCCCGGCUCACCGCCGGCACCGGUGGGCGCAGACCCCAGGGUGGACAGGCACUACCCUACAGGCCCCCCCUGCCCUCUGGGGGGGGUCUGUGGGGGGCUGAGACCCUUUGAUGCGCCGGGGUUGGAGGGGGAGAGCACCCCGGGGGGCAGUGGGGGCCGUUUUCCCUGCCCGCCCAGCAUCCACACCAAGCUGAAGAAGACGUGGCUGACGCGGCACUCGGAGCAGACGGUGCCAAGGUGCAAAGGGGGCCGGGGGGACGGCCCCGGGGGGGCUGCAGAGCCCAAACGCUCGGCCAAACGCCCCCACGGCACCGAAAACGGGCACCGCGGCGGUGCCGAUGGGGCUGGAGCGGCCAAACGGGGAGCCAAAACCACCGAGAGCCCGGCUGGCACCGAGCACCGGGGUGGCACCGGGAGCCGAGGGGGCCCAGCGGAGAGGAUGGAGCUGGGAGAGGGAGGACCCCCGGUGUGUGCCGGCCCCGAGCCGUGGUGCCUGCAGAGCGUGCCCUGCACCGCCCUACCCAAAAGCAUCCCCCGCUGCUGCGCCUGCGCUGCCCGGCUGCGGGGAGCCCUGGGGAUGAAGAUGAGGAUGAGGAGCUCCCGGAGAGCACCUGCAGGCUGCUGCAUUUCCGCAGGCUCGCCUUCGGGGACGGCGGGGAGCUGAGCGUCGACGGCUUCUGCACCGUGGACGAGGCAGAGGGGGAAAUUUGGGGCUGGGGGCGGCCGGGGGCUGGGGCAGGAGCAGCAGCAGCAGCCUGUGCCUGGCCAAGUACCUG